CUCAUUUCCUGCAUAGGCCUGAAUACGUGCUGUUUGGACAGCUCAGUGAGUUCUGGUUUCACCUCCUUGGCUUCAGGAAAGGAAUCCUCCACGUAUUUAGCUUUGCAAGGGGGGCUUGCGAUCAUUUCCUAGAUGAUAGCCUGGGGCUCAGAGAGGCUAAGAGACUUGUCCAAGGUACCACAGCAAUUAGAGGGCGUUGCUGGCAUUGAAGCAGGUCUCUCUGAAGCCAAGGCUUUCCCUACCCUCUCAGGUGGGGAAGCUGUCCAGUUUCUGACCCCAGACAUUGCUUCAGGAAAUUCUGUCCCCAGAUUCAGAGCUCAGCAACCUCUGGAAGUGUGUCCAGCCAGUUCCCCACAGAGCUGGCUGAGAUCCAGCUGCAUCCUGGAGACCACAGGCCUCAGACUCCCACUUAAGUCUCCUGCUGCCCACACUCCUGCCUUGAUCUGCAGUUGAAUAAAGGCUGGGCCCCAGGCAGUCAGGUUUGGUGGGCUUGGCUCCUCUCCUCUUGUGUUCUCUCCCCAGUGGCCUCCCAGAAGCCCUGUGGCCAUGACACAGCUGCUUCUGCUCAUUAUGUUUCUCCUGGUCCUGGGUCAUGUGCCUCCAGGGAGAAGCGAAUUCAAACGGUGCUGGAAUGGCCAGGGAGCCUGCCGGACUUACUGCACCAAGUAUGAAACCUUCAUGCACCUGUGUCCAGAUGCCUCCCUGUGCUGUAUCCCCUAUGGACUCAAGCCUCCAGCGCCCCAUAAGCCAGACAAUGUGUAGCCGGUUCUGGGGCUGGCACACUUGCUCUUCAUAAAACACAUGCUGCCCAUCGUC